GUUAAAGAACCAAAUCUCAGUCUUAGUUGGAGGAAGUUUUCAUUAUCUUCUCUAGCUUGCUAUGGAAGGCUGAUGAUGAUGCUAUGCUAAUUUUCCCAUAUGGAACACAAGUAAAGCUUCCCUAUAGCCUUUAUUUUGCAGAAAUUAGGAGCUUAAAUUAUGGUGUUAUGUGUGUGCAUUGUCAACACAUUCUACUUUUGGCUGAUUUGUUUUAUUGAUUUAUUCAGAAAAAAGAACAUGAAUAAGCUUGUGCUUUAUUUUCUCAAAGGAAAAGGAAUUAUGGAAUUGUGACAACCUAAUAUAUCACAACUAUCUAAAACUGCUUUAUAAAAACCAUGCUGAGAAAAGACUAGGGAAGUUUGUAAAAAUCUAUGAGGGAAAAUUGGAUAAUCUGUUAUGGAAAAUCUAAUUGCAAUGGUCUGAACUAAUAUACUUGCUUCAUGGAAAACAUUCAACCAAAUUACUGCACUAGAGCAUUUAAUAUGUAUUUCUGAAUAAAUGGGGAAUAUUGUGCACCAGCAUGCGAUGCAACUUAUGACGUAGGCAAUGCAAAAGUGAGUUCUGUGCAAUGGGACCUUGAAAUGAACUUUGAUCCAUCACCCAAUUAAUACCCUUCAAUAAGGCAAAUAUCAUGAAUCCAAUUAAUGUGUGGAAGUUUGCGUCUGUUAGUAAUAUCUGACAGUAAUUGCUACUCGUGUAGUAAUUGGCUGUUGUUCUCUUUGUAGGUUAAACCAAAUGGGCGAACGUGGGUGAUUAUUAAGAACUAAGCUUUAAAAGAAAAUCUAAACCUCAUGUCAUUUGGGGAAAAAUGUGGUUACCAUAUAAUGAUGCCUGGUUAAUCAGCUCCUAAUUCAAAUCUGUGUAUUCUUAAUACCGAGUAUAGAGCUAUGGUGUUGGUUCAGCUGAUUAGGCCAUGAUUCUGAAUGGAGGCAUGGUGACAUUAGGCACCAUGGCGAUGAAACUUGGGCCUUGCAGGACAACAAAUAAUUCCAAUAUAUCUUACUUUUCCCAUCAUUGGACGAUUUCUGCAUCUCCAAAAAUAAAGAUGUUGCAUGGUGGUUCCCAAGAUUUUGAUCAAUUGCACUGAAGAGAUCGGGCCAUCAUGCAUCUAUCAAAUGUGUUGCCCUCCCUCCAAAGUGAUCAUGGCAGCCUUUCACAUAUGAUGCCAAUUUUCCCUAAGCUCUGUACUGCAAGGCCCAGAAACCACAUCGUUCUUAGAGCUUCGAACGAUGUCCCUUUGAGCUAUCGUUAUCCUCCAAUGACCAAGAAGCCCAAGUGGUGGUGGAGAACUUUAGCCUGCAUACCUUACCUUAUGCCCCUCCAUGAGACAUGGAUGUAUGCUGGGACAGCAUACCAUCUCCAUUCUUGGAGGACUUUUAAGUUCCUUACUUACCCCUUCCUUGGAUUCAUUGGGCGCUUCCCGAGCUGGUUCCUUAUGGCCUACUUCUUUGCUGCUUACCUAAGGGUUGUGAGGAGGAAAGAAUGGCCACACUUUUUCCGUUUUCAUGUUGUAAUGGGGAUGCUGCUUGAGAUAGUCCUCCAGGUCAUAGGGACCGUGAGCCGUUGGAUGCCGCUUGCUGUAUACUGGGGCAAGAUUGGGAUGCAUUUCUGUACUGCAGUUGCAUUUGGCUACUUGUUCACAGUGCUGGAGAGCAUGAGGUGUGCAGUAGAAGUCAUGUAUGCUGACAUUCCUUUUGUCUGUGAUGCUGCAUACAUUCAGAUUCCGUAUGACUAAGAAUGGUAGUGCUUCAGAUCUUGGUUUGUCAUUUGAGGUACAACUUCUUUGAGAAAGUUUCUCCUUGGUGGGAACUGGAACUUCUUUACUUUAUGUACUCAGAACAUAAAGGUUGUAGGAUACCUGGUGAAUUUUAUUGGCCAAUGUCCAUGUUUUGAUAGAUUGGGAUAUGGAUUGAUUGGUAAUGUUAUAACCCAUGUUGUAUUAGUUACAGAUUUCUGCUUGUAUCUUUCUAGAUGUUUAAUUUCUACAACAUCAUCAUCAACAAAGUUGUGUCUCA